AGCUAAAACCUCGCCCUCCUCCUCGAAUCAGCCCCCACCAUGAAACCCUAAGACCGGCUUCUUCCUCAACCCGCCACCGCCCUCCCCGAUGCAGGCGCUCGCGCGCCUCUCCUCCGCCGCCGCCUCCAGAAGGGUGAUUUCGGGCGUAUCUGGGGCGGUCGCAAGGCCCUGCUACCGGACAUGGCGAGGGAAGGCGCACGCGGCGCCGCUGUCUUCUCAGGAGCCACCCAAGGGCCGGAAGAGGGAUACUGUACCCAAGAAAGAGAGGAAAGCCAGGAUAGAGGAGUUCGUCGAGAUUUAUCAGGCAUCAAAUGAUGGUAAAUUCCCGACCAUUCAAAUGAUUCGGCAGCAUGUUGGUGGGUCUCAUUACACGGUGAGGGACGUGCUCUCGGAAGUGAAGUACAAUCAGACAAAGUUUCCAUUUGAUAUGUCUAAGGUAGCCCGGUUUCAUGAGACAUCUGAAAGUGCUGAGCAGUCAAUGCUGGAGGAGGAGAGUGGAAACAGUUCAUUCAACCCUCAGAGCAUCAAUGGAAAACAGGAUGAAGAUGAGACACUCUCCUCACAGAAAGAUUCUGCCACCGGGACUGUGAUAAUGAAUGAACCACAGAGAUCUCAAGAAUCACAAGACUCAUCUCGUUACAAUGGACAAACAGAAGUUGCCAAGCAAGAUUUGCAUAUUGCAGAUGCCAAUGGCCUGACUGUAUCAGAACAAGCAGAAAUUGUCAGCAUAAAGGUAAAGUUACAGUUGGAUGACUCUAAGACAGCCCAGCUUGAGACGGCUGAAUGUGCUGACCAAUCGAGGCACGAGGAGAGUAGAAACAACCCUCAAGACUUCAAUGGGAAACAGGAUGAAGAUGACAGACUCCUCUCCCUGAAAGAUUCUUCUACUGGCACUAUAAUCAUGGAAAAUACUGAAGCUCCCAUUCCUUCAGAAGUAGAGACUCAAUCAGAUUCUGAGAAUUGUCAAGGGGAAACUGAAGUUAACAAGUUGCAUGUGAACAACGUUGAAAAUUUCCAGAAUCUAAGUGAGCCAACUGUAUCAGAUCAAACAGAAAGUGACAAGGUGAUCAAGGGAAAUGUACCUGACAGAGAAGAGAACCCCGUGGUGGAGCAGCAGAGAUCAGCCAAGACAGGCCUUCUAGGGAGCCUGCAAUCGUUUGCUUCUGGGAUCAGAAACUUCUGGAGAAAUCUGUAAAUUUGACUCGUUUCGGCUUGAAGCUAACACGAAGCCCCCCCUGUUUACCAUCAUUUCGUGAGCCUGGAGCAACUUGUGAAGCUUUGUAAGAAGAGGCUACAGGGUUAAUGAUCUAAGUGCCCCUUGUUUAGCAUUUUGUGAGCCAGAAGAGAACUGUAAAGUUUUUUAGUUUUACGCUAUUGAACAUCGGUCUGAUUCCUGCCGUGUCACGUUUCUUAUGAGCUAAGAUAAGAGCAUAUUUCAGUGUACCGAUUGUCCAGAAGCUGGUCAUAAUAAUGCUUAUAUGGACGACUUGA